CCUAUUCACUCGGCAGCAGCUCUGGUUACACAAUACGAGCGGCGCGGAGUGCAGCAAAGGGUUCCGGUUUCCGAGUUCUCAGUCCGUCCGCGUUAGUAAAAUUACCGAGUUUGGCGACAACAGAAGAUCGUCCUAACCCCCGCGGACACAGCGGGCUGAGAUGAAGUCUGCUGCGGGGUGCCGGGUCACGAGGUACAUCGGGACUGGAGGGGUCUAAUAUUCCUGUGGAACCGGCGGUUUGGACGACGGACGACCUUAGAUAGUGUCACGCUAGGUAAAUAGAACAACAAUCCGCUAGGAUAGCCGUCCAUCACUGCGGACAUUUCGGACAGGAGGUUGUCACCACAUCUGCUACUGUCUCUCAGACUGAAGAAGAGCGGCACAGCGGCACAGUCAGCUACUGUAUCCAGAUUUACGUCCCAACAACAGCGUCCUGUUUCUGCAAUCAAAAGGGGGGCACAAUCAAGGAAUUCCGUCAUCCUUCAAGUGACACGAGCCGGGACUGUCAGCCAACAAACACGAGCCGUGUUGUCAUCUUGCUGGCAAAUGCCACCGUGAAACACCAGGUAAGAUGAGGGAGGCACAGUGGUUUAUCGUUCUUGCAGUUUACGGUUUGGCCCAGCGACUGCAGAGUGUCCAUGGCUGCCCUCCGGAGUGCCAGUUUUGCAGCGAGGGGACCGUGCAGUGUUCGGAACAGGCACUCAAGGCGAUCCCAACAGGCCUCCCGUCCUCAGUAACUCGAAUCUACCUCAGCCAUAAUGACAUCACCGUCAUACCGGCAUCAGCCUUCGCAUCCUCGGGAAGCCUACAGUACCUACUCCUAGAUCACAACAAACUGAGUGACUCUGGCAUCAGCGAGAAAUCAUUUCAGAGCACAGCAAAUCUAGAAUAUCUCUACCUGUCGGACAACCACCUGACAAAAGUCCCGCCAAAACUUCCUCAGUCUCUCAUCCAUCUAGAUCUGCAGAACAAUGUCAUCUCAGCCAUCUCCGGUCUGCCGUUCCUACAGCUCAGACAUCUGGAGGUUUUGAACCUGGAGAACAAUAGACUACAAAGUCAGAACAUGCCAGCCAACGCAUUUCUCGGGUUGAAGAAUAUCCGUACUCUGGAUUUAUCCAGAAACUCCUUCACGUCCGUGCCACAGUUAACUCUUCGUUCUGUUUCCAACACUCUCAGGCGACUGGACCUGUCCGACAACACCCUCGGUACACUACAACCGCUCUGUUUUAGCAACUACAAGGCCCUGCGCUCCUUGGACCUGACUAGAGCCGGAAUCUCAAGUAUCGACGCUACCGCCUUCCUGGGGACGUGGAGGUUGAAGGAACUACGCAUCGACUUCAACAACCUGACCCGUGUUCCCACCGACGCGCUAGCCGAAAUCGACUACUUAGAGGAACUUUAUCUGACGGGAAAUCCGAUCAGUCUGCUGACGUCCACGUCUUUCAUCAAACUUUCCGAACUGAAAACUCUCGACAUAAGCCAUGCGAAGUUGGGAACGUUCAACAAGUGGGUGUUUCGGAAGCUGCAGAAGUUAGAAUUCCUGUCCCUGGCGCAUAACCCGGGAAUCUCCCACCUGGAUAGAAACUCCUUUAUCGACCUGCCAAACCUUCAGCACCUGGAGCUUCACGCGUGCGGACUGACCAAUAUUGAUGCUGAAAUGUUCCUUCAGAUUCCUCAGCUUUCCUCAGUCAGUCUGUACAGUAACAUGUGGAACUGUGCCAGCCAGCUUUGUUCCCUCAAGGACUGGCUGACGGUGACUAAAGUGAUCGUUCCCAAGAAAGCCCACAUAGCCUGUGAACGGCCAGCCGUGUUCCAGGGCCUGCCGAUCAUGGCGAUAGACCGUACUACCAUGUGCGUGCCCAACGCUCUGUACUCGGACUCUAAUGCCGGUCAGUUAGUCUGUCCGCCUCGAUGUGGAUGUAAUGACACAGUUCUCGACUGUAGACGAGCGGAACACAGGAAAGUCCCACGCAACAUGCCGACCACAACUGAAGUCCUCUACAUCCAGGACAACAAAGUGAUGAAGAUAACUGUCAAAUCGUUCCGAAACGCCCACAAACUCCGUGAACUAUAUCUUCAAAGUAAUUUCCUAACGAAUGAACGAGUAGACGAGGGUUCCUUUUCAAGUUUGAUUUCCCUUCAGACGCUCGAUUUACGUAAUAACCUCUUCGGGUCCUUCCCUUCUGAGCUUCUCCACGUGUCCUACGGUCUGAGAAAGCUGGAUCUGUCAGGAAAUCCCAUCCCCGACGUGUCUGUAGAAAUCUUGCGACAUUUUGCAAAACUGGAAGACCUUGCCAUGGCACAUACAAACAUCCGCAGUCUCCAAGUAGGAACUUUUGAGGGCUUAGAGCAACUGAAACAAUUGGACCUUUCAUACAACAAGUUCUCUAUUGUCCCGUCUGGGAUAUUCGAAGGCCUGCACCACUUAAAGAGCAUCUCACUACGAGGGAACCCCAUAACAACAAUGUCUGUGGAUUCUUUCUCAGGGCUCACAAACGUGAGGGAGUUAGACUUACGGGAGAUUGCGCUAUCGUCUGUGCAGCGGGGUACAUUUGGCGAGAUGCCACAACUCACGACCCUGUUUCUGUCUGGGAACAAAAAACUCACGCACGUCGAGGAUUACGCUUUCGGAGAUCUACCACAUCUGUCUUACUUAACUCUAGACGAAUGUAGCAUCAAAACACUGACAAUUGAAGCUCUUUCCACUACGCGGCCUUUGCACCGAAUCCUUCUGAACGGCAAUCCCUGGACGUGUGAUAUCAACAUUUGCUGGAUGAUGGCAUGGUUGAAUAGUGGUCAAGUGGCCAGUGCACAUGGUGACGACCUGAGGUGCGCCACACCGCAUCAAACAGUGGGACUGCAGCUUAGAGAAGUAGCCGGAACAAUGUGCACCAUAGUAAACACGAAACAACGCACUGGCAUACCAGACUACCGCCCAAUAAUCAAACCAAAGGGUCCCAGCAAAACAUUCGGACCUUUCCCUUCCCGUGAGAAGUACGUCCCCGACAGGACACGUCCUCAAGUACCUGACGAGGUCCUUCCUACCCAGAGCCCAGCACGUACCAAUCCAAUAGUUUUUGACACUGGUAACCACGCCGCUGACGCGGACAGAGACUCAAACAUUGUAGUUUUGGUAGGACCGUCUGAGAGAUGCCCCAAAGUCUGUCGUUGCAAAGACAAAUUAGCAGAUUGCAGUAACCGACUCUUAUCUGUACUUCCCAAGACCCUACCCUCUGCGAUUGUUUCUCUUCGUGUAGAAAGCACGGCCCUAGCCUCCAUACCAGAAAAAGCGCUCGAAAAUCUGGCAAGCUUAAAGUUCUUAUACCUCCGGAAUAACCGAAUUACAAACGCCGGACUGCAGAGAGCCUCCUUUCUCGGUCUUGACCGCCUGAGGGGGCUAUACCUUUCCAAUAACCUGUUGACAUCUUUUCCUUAUGAACAGUUCGACAUCUUAUCUAAGAACAUUGAGCUACUCGAUGUAUCGAGCAACCAUCUUGGCAACCUUCCAACACUCGUGUUUCAGAGGUACAAGAACCUGCGGUCUCUGGUGCUGAGACGGGUGGGGAUUACAAUGCUUCCGCCGGCUACGUUCUUCGGACUGACCCGGCUUGACUCCUUGUUUCUGGAUCAUAACGUCAUUACAAACGAUUUGCGAGCAUUGGGGGACGAGCAUCUGAAGAGUUUGAGAAUUCUCCACCUCAGCGGUAACCCAAUCGUUAAGUUGGACCCCAACAAUUUCAGCAAACUGAAAACCCUACAGUAUCUUGAUCUCAGCUACACUAACCUAAAGGCUGUCAAUGUCCCCUUUCUUCCUGAGCUACGCUCUCUGCUUUUGGCGGGUAAUUCAAAACUACGCCACCUCUCCAACGACACCAUAGAGACAUUUCCUAACAUUGAGCUUCUGGAUCUGCAUGGUUGCAGUCUUGAAUGGGUCGGAACUCAGCUGUUUCAGAAAGCCAGACUAGUCAAAGUUUACCUACACAACAACCCCUGGUCCUGCCGCGAGGAGAUCUGCAGUAUGGUAGAGUGGAUUGAAAGCGGGAAAGUUGACGUGCCCCACACCGAGUCGUUACGAUGUGCGGCUCCAAGUAAGUUCAAAGAUAUGGGAAUACUGGAGGCGAGUCGAUCUCUUUGUGGGGAAAAUGAUGGAGUUGACUACAGAAUAACGGAGCAGAUAGUCACCGAGCAGACAUUUCCGCGAUCUACUAUGGGCAGACAAUAUACAUCCCCGAUGGUGACAACAAUGUCCACAUCAACAGAACGGAGUUUCACGAGUACUUACUCUGAACAUACAGACUUUACCACGCCGACAACUGAACCUACAGUGCACCAGAGCACACAGCUUCAAACAACAAGUUUGCCUAAGGGACGAGGGGAGCAUGGCAGCGAAAGCACAACUGCAGCAACUGGCAGUGGCGUAACAUUAUCACAACACUUUCCAUUUAGUGACACGGAAACAGGGGUGAUACCAACAACCCAGACACCGCGAAGGAGAUAUUAUGACAUAGAAGAUGUGGAAACGGGAGAGGGUAGGGCAGGCAGCUUCUGCUCACCAGGCUGUACUUGUUACGGGUCGUCAGUGAGGUGCAUACAGGCUGGUUUAAACAUGAUCCCAGUGGCAGCCAACACAACAAAGCACCUGUAUCUUCAGAGUAACGACAUUUCAGACCUUCGACCCAGUGUCCUACGGAUGUAUGACCUCACAAGCAUGGUCCAUCUCCACUUGGAGAACAACGGAAUCUGUGAUGACUGUCUUGUCUUCUCGGCCUUCCACACCAUGAGGAAGCUGGAGGGUCUGUAUCUUAACAACAACACACUGAGAUCCCUAGCAAGUGUAGACAAGUUACCCUCCUGGCUGAAGUACUUAGAUCUGUCUGAUAAUGUAUUUGGCCAUGUCCCUGACGAAACAUUUGUCAACUUUACAGUACUAGUGGAACUAAAGCUAAACAACGUCAAGAUCAGUAGAAUUGAUCCGGGUGCGUUCCUUGGCCUCUUCAGUCUCCGUCGACUUCACAUGGAUAAUAACAAUUUGUUUACUGUACCAACGUCCUCCCUUAGAGUGCUGGUGUCAUUGGAGUACUUGUCUAUGAAACAGAACCCUAUAUCCUACCUUACUGCGGGGGCAUUCCGGGGACUCAACAAGUUAGAAUACUUAGAUCUGAGGGAAAGCAACAUCAGCUUUAUCAGUGAGAACGCAUUUAUUUCUCUCACUAACCUGCGCAGCCUCCUUCUGUCUGGAAGUAAGACGCUGAAGACUGUAUCCGUUGGUACGUUCAGUAAAUUACAAAGCCUGAGAUCUCUUCAGCUUGAUCGCUGUGGAUUCAGUACCCUUUCACCUGAGGCUCUGUCUAUUGCCAGGAACCUGUCGUGGGUGACACUGCAUGACAAUCCGUGGAAAUGUCAGCAGGAAAUGUGUAGACUGUAUGAGACGCUGGACACUACGGAAAUUUACGUCCCUUACACAGAAACCUUAACAUGCCUUGCGUCCAACUCAUCAGAGAGGCAAAAAAUCAUCGAGUACUGCCAACUCGGUACACGACUUGAGAAUAAUCGAGCAGUGAAGUGGCAAGCUCUAGCAGCGUUGGCUGCCAGAGAAAUUUCAGAAUCAGCGUGUCCAGGGAAGUGCACCUGUUUUGGGACAAGCGUGGAUUGCGCUGAUGGAGGCCUGGGAGCUAUUCCUGAACAUUUGCCGGAUAAGGCAGAAAUGUUGAUGCUCCAGAACAAUAAGAUACUCGGGAUAGCACAGGGAACGUUCCUCAACAUGAAGAAACUACGUCGACUUCACCUUGACAACAACGUCAUACGGAACAAUCGGCUCUCCGUAGACUCACUGAAGGGGCUACAGAGUCUGGAAGGUCUGUUCCUGUCCAACAAUGACCUGGCAGUUUUUCCCGGGAAGUUCCUGGCAGGCGUAGCUGACAGUCUCACGCAGUUAGAUCUGUCAGGAAACAGAAUCACGUCGUUAUCACCAGGGACUUUUGCGAGGUUCGGGUCUUUGCGACAACUGUUUCUAAAGAAUGUCGGGCUCAGAGUGAUUAACAAAGCUCUCUUCGUCCCUCUCAAGAAACUAGAGGAGCUACUCCUAGACUACAAUAACUUGACAGACCGGUCCCUGCUAGGACUUCGGUAUCUUUACAACAUCAGAAAACUGUCUCUUCGUGGCAAUCCCAUCUCAAACCUAAACCACUUAUCAUUUGUCGGCACUGGCAGGUUAGAAUAUCUGGACUUGCGGGAGCUCCAGAUUCUUGUCAUUUCUUCUUCGGCCUUCUCCGAGGUACCGCGACUUCACACUCUACUGUUAUCUGACAACAGACGACUGAGAGGGAUACAUCCGUUGGCUUUUGUAGGCCUUAAAUACCUGAAGUCUGUAGAGAUGAAUGGGUGCGCGUUGAAAGCCAUCCCGCCUGGGCUUCUCCGAAGAAUCGACACGCUAGAAUGGCUAACGAUACACGACAACCCGUGGGCGUGCAGCCGCAGGAUCUGUUGGCUUGUUCGAUGGAUGAGCUCGUCGUCAGUAAAGGUCCCAUACAGACACAGGUUGACGUGCAGUUCCCCUCGAAAUCUCAAGGGGUCACGAGUGGAUACAUUACACAUAUGUGGAGCGAAACCAACGCCAGCGAAACCAACACAUGGGCCGAGAUUACAUCACACUUCACCGUACACUGUGGCUAAAAGCUCGGCGAUACCUAUGACCGCAUCCAUGUCACCUGAAAUAUUAGUUACAAUGUCGACGGUCCCCACACAGUCAGUAACAGAAGUCAUUCCACUACUGACGCCACCGACCCCGACGCCUUUACCAGGUGGCCUUGUGGCAACACCAACAAAAGUGUCAGUGUCCCCCGAUAACGGAGAGGAUCGCUUACAGCCUGGGAGGACCUUCAACUCUCCCUGUCCAACACGUUGUCGAUGCCGCGACCACUUCAUCGACUGUGCCUUUGCGGGUCUGAAGGCCAUUCCUGUAGGGCUUCCUUCAGGCAUCCGGCAUCUGUACUUGGACGGUAACUCCAUCAGCAGGAUAGGUCCGCGGGCGUUUGCCGGGACGCCGCGUCUGCAGGUGCUCCAGAUGCAGAACAACAGUCUGACCAGCUCCAGCAUCCACAGGAAUGCCUUCGAUGGACUGCGCAACCUCAGAUAUCUCUUCCUGUCGAGAAACAAGCUGACAACGAUCCCGACCAUCUUGCCGAGCUCAGUCGAGUUCCUACAUGUCCACAACAACCUGAUCACCAGAGCUUCAGCCCUUACCGUUGUACACCUGAUGGUCAAACUACCACGUCUGAAGCGGCUGACCCUACACAAUAACCCUUGGAACUGCAACCAAGGCUUAUGCUUCCUGAAGAAGUGGAUGGAGAGCACAAACGUGUACCUCCCCUAUCGGAGCAACAUUACCUGUGCUGCCCCACAGAGUAUACAAGGAAAGGUCAUCGACAAAAUGAGCAGUGCAGUGUUCUGUAGUACUAGGAGACCGCCUGCGCACAAGGAGAAUGGAACAUCGGCGACCAUGAAGACUUCAAACGCCGUGUUGACGACAGCUGUGGCACCGACGGCACACAGCUCCACACAGUCACUGCUUCUUCAUCCGACAGUAUCUUUAACAACAACUGGUCCAAACGAAAAUCACAAACCAUCAUGUCCAGAGAGGUGCCGGUGUAAACAAACACUGGUCCAAUGCAGCUAUGCGGGUCUUAAAACAGUACCUAACAACAUCCCCCCGGACACAACCUUUCUCUACUUGGAUAACAACCAGAUCUCCCAUUUCCGCCCAGAUUCCUUUACCAACUUAGACAAUCUCCGUGGUCUGCAGCUUCAGAACAAUGCCAUAGCAGAUGGAGGGCUUGUCGACGCAUUGAAGAAGUUGGACAAUCUCCAAUACCUUUACCUCAAUGUGAACAAGCUGACACGAAUACCAAGAGGGCUUCCUUCCAAAUUAGAAUACCUUUACCUGGAUACAAAUCAUAUCACAGACAUCACCAGUGACCAGGUGGAGAACCUUCUGUUGGAGGCACCGUCCCUUCUAGCUAUGACCCUUCAUAACAACCCCUGGAGAUGUGGGCAGCGACUUUGCCCGUUCUUACAGUGGUUGAACUCUACUGACAUCCUUAUACCAGAGAGGGAUAGACUCAUUUGCCAAAGACCUAGGAAAACGGAAGGUAGACGGAUAGAUGCUACGUGGGAGUAUGUGUGCAAGCCAAGGGAUCCACAAGAGCCAACCACAAGCGCGCUACCGUCACCAACCGUUCAAAGUAGCACAUAUUCUUAUAGGACUGGCUUGAGCUUUACGACAAGCAGACCCGUAUCAGACAGGACGACCAGCAAAGAUGGGAAUCCCGGGGACAAUUCCAUUGUUAUCCCGGCAGAAGACAAGAAUGGACAUGAUAGUGUGAUAAUGCCCGAUAAUGACCAUCACAUCGAUAAUCACCCGAACGUUGUAGACAUUCCAACAAACCAUGUGGUAGACCACUUUCCUGACAGUGACAUCGAUAUUCACCAUGAAACAGACCCCGAGCCAGGAAUGGAGAUUGACGUCGACCAUUCCCGCAGAGUGGACGUCAUUGAUCUGCUUCCUGACAACAACAUCCCCAGUGCUCCUACACCGGGCCCGACAAAGAAGGUGGAUAUGCACAACAAGAUAGAUUUCGACUCUCCUCCUCAGCCCACUCAGAGUGACCUUGAAGGAUACAUCCGUGUCGUUGACCUCAUUGACAACACCAUUGGGAGCAGUAUUGACACCCACAAGAGUGACAUACACCUGCCGGACAUCCCAGAACCACUACAAGUAACUCCAACAGCUCUUAGCUUCAAUGACAUUGAUAGUACAGAAAGGUGCCCCUUGGAGUGCUUCUGUGAUGACUUUGGGUCAGUGGACUGCAGCAGUAUCGGCUUGAGCGAGGUUCCAGUUAACAUUCCUGCCACCACCAGACAUCUGUACCUGGAUGAGAACGAAAUAACUGCACUUCCCACAGGGAGUAUGGAUAACCUCCAGGACUUAAACAUCCUGGAGAUUCACAACAACUACAUCAGCAAUGACGGGAUCGGCAGUGAGUUCUUCAACUCGUUCGCGCAUCUGGAGUAUUUGUAUUUUUCAAACAACCAACUUUUGCAGGUUCCUCAAGAUCUACCACCCAGCCUCAUUUCCUUGUAUUUGGAUGGGAAUGGCCUGCCUGAAGUUCAGGCGGGUGCAUUUGCUAACCUACCCAAUCUAGUAUGGCUGUAUCUCCAAAGGAAUGGUCUCAAUGAUGACAGCUUUGGUAAAGAGUCAUUUCUAGGUCUGUCCUCCUUAAAGUACUUAAACUGCGAAGGAAAUGAACUUAAUGAAGUCCCAAUUAACCUUCCUUCUAGUUUGGAAAUUCUCGUCAUGCAAAACAACAAACUGUCCAACAUUAGACCUGGAGUAUUUUCCAGCUUGACCAACCUACACAAACUGUACCUCUCUAACAAUCAACUCAGAAGUGCUGACAUCCCCCGGGAGGCUUUUCUGGGGCUUGUAAACCUACAGGACCUGGAUCUGGCCAACAACUCUCUCACAACCAUUCCACACAGCCCACCGAGCCUCCAGUACCUGCAUCUAGAGAGCAAUGACAUUCACUACAUUCCAUCUUUUGCAUUUUCCCAUCUUUACAGUCUAAAGCACCUAUACCUCAACCACAACUUUCUAACAAGUCAUGGAAUAGCCCCUAAUGCAUUUUCCGGCUUGAGAGACCUCGUCUACAUUGACUUGUCGCACAAUGACUUAGUAGAACCACCAGGCGGGCUUCCUUCAAGUCUCGAAGAUGUAUAUCUUUCGGGUAAUAAUCUGAUCCACAUCCCUAGUGAUGUAUUCAUGGUAAAUGGUGAACUGCGGGGUCUAUUCUUGAACAAUAACACGUUGAAUGACUCCAGCAUUCAUAGUGGUUCCUUUUACGGACUGAACAGCAUACAAUCCCUGGACCUAUCUGGAAAUGAACUGACCGUUUUCCCCUCCCAUCUUCCAAAUGGACUUGAACAGUUACACAUCCGACGCAACAAGAUCAGAUCAAUCCCGCAGUCAUCUCUUGAGACCACUCCGAAACUGCGAUCCCUGUACCUGGGAAAUAACAGUUUGGGUGACACUGGCCUGGUGGCUGCCAGUUUUGAAGGUGCAUUCCUAUCCACCCUGGAUCUGUCUGGAAAUAACAUGACAAAAAUCCCUUUGGAUCUGCCGUAUUCAUUGGAAUAUUUGUACCUCAACAACAACCACAUUUCAACCAUAAAGGCUGAUAUGUUGUCCAAGCUCAAGCGGCUAAGAGCCCUUUACUUAAAGAACAAUGACUUAGGGAAAGGUAGUAUAGAGGAUAGAGCCCUAACUGUUUUAAGAAACCUGAGGUACAUUGAUUUGUCUCAGAACAGACUGAGUUCUGUACCUGUGAACCUGCCUGAUGGGGUAGAGGAGUUUAAUCUAUAGGAGACUAAGGAGACCUUAUUGUACAUAUGAGUUUUUUUUUAAUUUGUAGCUUGAU